AUGGUUUCUUCAUCAUUCACAGCCUGGUCAGCCAUAAGAAUGUCGCCAGUCGAUCCCAUUCAAGCGUUUUUGUUCCUUGCCAAACAUUCAAGCCUUGACAUUCACUUUUCCAUCACCACACCCUACGGCCUCGUUAUUGAGCUACCCUCAAGAAUUCAUCUCACGGAUAAGAAGCUACUCUCUGUACCGCAGACCAGGUCUCAAGUCCCAGCCGCCAUAGCCAUUACCGCGCCAGGAACCACAUCCGAGCCACGGCUCAAACUGAAUGUUGGUCAGGGACCUGAAGCAGAGUCAUCAGCGCAACAAAGACACCAAGAGAAACCGUGUCAGACAGGCAAUCGACUAGAACCUCAGCUUCCCUUGCCGCCAGGAUACAAAUACUACAUCUCCCCGGACUUCGGGACCAACUUCAUAUGGUAUGACUGGGGAUGGCCCGGCAACCCCGAAGGUGGCGUCGACGUCCCCGACGACGAACUCGAAGAGAGAUAUUCCACAUCCUGGUGCAACGCUUACGCACACUGGGUCGAGCGAUACACGAAGGCUUUCGAGGCCCAGGGGUGCCAUCUAGGUGCCGGUAACGAGGUCUUCCCUGACCUGGAAGAGCGGCACGCCCGGAAUAUUGAGGGUGCGUUGUUGGCUGCGUGGCUGGCUCUGCAAGAUGGCGUUCACCAAGUCCAGCAUGGACCGAGAAAUGACGACAAUUACCAGUUUGUUUUCGAGCGAGAGGGGGUCGAGGCGACAUUGGGCCAGUUCAUACAGUCUGUGAAGCGGGUCGAGAAUCUAUUGCAUGACUCUGCCGAACAUCGAGAAGGUCCGGUCUUGAAAUAG